GUUCCUCAGUAAGCACGUGACAUUCGACAAACUGAUUCCGCUGUCUGCAAGUGCUGCUAGACACUGGUUUUGUGUAUUUUGCGUUUCAGUUUUUCGUUAACUUUAGUUUGCGCCCUUUGGUUGGCUUGCGAUAUUCUUAUUUUCUUGAUUUCACACGAUAAUGACAACGCCAUUUGAAAAACCACAAAUCAUAUCACACAUUCAGAAAAGUUUGAAUUACACCGUAUUUGACAGCAAAUGGAUCCCUUGCAGUGCAAAGUUUGUAUGUUUGGGAAACUUCGCCAGAGGAACCGGAGUGAUGCAGAUUUACGAAGUUCAACAUGGAGAAGUUCAGCUUGUAAAGGAGAUUGAAAAGGCGAGGCCUAUAAAAUGUGGGACAUUUGGUGCCACUUCUCUGCAACAAAGGCACAUAGCUACUGGAGACUUUGACGGGAACCUCAGUGUUUGGAAUCUUGAGGUUCCAGAUGUUCCUGUUUACUCGGUAAAGGCACACAAGGAGAUUGUGAACAGUAUUGAUGGUGUAGGAGGUUUGGGGAUCGGUGAUGGCGCCCCUGAAAUCGUCACUGGAAGCAGGGAUGGGACGGUAAAGGUGUGGGAUUCCAGGCAGAAAGACACACCUGUUGCAAAUAUGGAACCAGUAGAGGGGGAAACUAAGAGAGACUGCUGGACAGUGGCAUUUGGCCAUGCUUUCAAUGACCAGGAUCGAUGUGUCUGUGCUGGAUAUGACAAUGGGGACAUCAAGCUCUUCGACCUCAGAAACAUGUCUCUACGAUGGGAAAAGAACAUCCAGAAUGGGGUAUGCUGUGUUGAGUUUGACAGAAAAGACAUCAACAUGAACAAAUUGGUGGCAACAUCACUUGAGGGGAAAUUUCACGUCUUUGACCUGAGGACCCAGCACCCCACCAAAGGUUUCGCUUCAGUUUCUGAAAAGGCCCACAAGUCUACAGUUUGGCAGGUGAGGCAUUUGCCACAGAACAGGGAUAUCUUCAUGACCGCUGGCGGAGCAGGAAAUCUGCAGUUGUGGAAAUAUGAGUACCCAGCUCAGAGGAGCAAGAAGGACAGUGAUGAGCUGGAGAUGGGUGUGGCUGGGGCCGUCACCCUCCUGCAGAACGUGACCCUGUCCUCCCAGCCAAUCGGCAGUCUGGACUGGAGCCCGGACAAGCAAGGCCUGUGUGUGUGCUCUGCCUUCGACCAGACCGUGCGCGUGCUCAUCGUGACCAAACUCAGCCGGCUGUGAGUGGGGCCACAAUCACACUGAGAAGGUGUAUGUGUGUGUAUGUGUGUGUAUGUGUGUGUAUGUGUGUAUAUGUGUAUGUGUAUGUGUGUAUGUGUAUGUGUGUGUGUGUGUGUGUGUGUGUGUGUGUGUGUGUGUGUGUGUGUGUGUGUGUGUGAACAAUGCAGCACACACUGUAAAAAAUGGCUGUCUUAACAAGCGUUUUCAAUCUUAUGACUUAACUUUCUUUUUUUUUUUCUCCAAAGUAUAAAAUAUUAGCUUGUUUUAAGUUACUGUUUGCUUGACAAGUGAAAUUUUCUCACAAUUGCCUUUCUUACCUCAUUGGCAGUUUUUGUUGUCUUCUUUAGUAAAAAAUUAAUAGAACUAAGAUUUUAAGUCUAAAUAUAAGACAAGAUACUCAAGACUUAUUUGGACAUCCAGUGCUUUGUUUAAUAAACAAAAAAGAUUGUCAGAUUAAAUAUUAUUUUUUAAAGUAUUUUUUAAAGUAAAGUCCAAUAAAUGCUUCAAGGAAAACAUGAUCAGAGCAAACGAGCCGUUCGGAACCUCAUGCGUCCAUUUGGGCAAGAGCUGCUCUAGGUAAAAACACAAAAUCAACUAGUUUUCAUCAGUAACAUGCAGCAGGUAAUCCUACUUAAAUAUAUCUGUAACAAAUGGAAUGCAAAACUGUAUCCCUAUAAUCUUUUCUCUUGUAUGUAUGUGUCUAUUCCUAAGUGCAUGGGUUUUAUUCAUGAUAAAAAUAACCUUUCUAAAUA